AUGGUGAAAGAAGUAGCCGUGACGGUGUCCGUUCCAGACUGCAAUGUGCAGGACGACGUGCGCAUAAUUACAUUCUCUGUACCACUCUCAGGCGUUCCUGAUGUGGUCAAGACUGCCAUUGGCUGCAGCACUCUGACUAUCCGGGAGACUCAGCAGAGGGAGUGGCUGGUGGAUGGGUCUCUGAAAGUCACAAGCGAGCCUGUCCUAGACAUUGUGGGUGGAUCCAAAUUCACCACGUCAGCAGAAUUCACAGUGCAAAGUUCUGCAGAUCAGUCAGGCUGCGAGGUGACAGCCAAGGUGCUGUGUGCUGCUGCGGGACCGUGGGGGUUGGUCUCCACCAUAGAGGGCAUCAUGGCGCAGCAGGCCCAGGCCUCUGUGCAGUCCUUCCUGGAGUUCUGCGCCCAGAAGUGCAAGCAGGAGACGCAGCAGCUGCCAGGGUACACCUCUGAUGCAGAGACGGUGGAAUUCUAUCAGGAUGCGGCGGAUACCUUCCUUGGAGCCUACCCUCCUAGUGCUGAACUGGCAGGGAUUGAUCUGCAGAAUCUGGAGCCAAUUUUGGAGCGGCUGGACAUGCAUGCACAGGGCAUGCAGGCAUCUGUCAGGUGCUAUCUGGGGUCAUGGGUCAGGCUACGGCCGCAGCACUUCCGCUAA